AUGGCACUCCAUAAAUCUAUAAAUAGACCUCUCAUUUAUCUUGAAAGAGGAUCUAAGCAAAAAGAAGAAGAGAAUAAGAAGAGAAAGAUAGGAGUGAGGAAACUCCUCCGUGAUCACCGCCGGAGUUCUGCCCGACGCCCAAGUUACGCCAGAAUUCUGCUCGACGCUCAAGUGACGCUGGAAUUCUACCCAACGCUGGAAUUCUGCCCAAGUGACGUUGGAAUUCUGCCUGACGUUCAAGUGACGCCGAAACUCCGCCCGAUUUCUAAGUCAAGUUUUGCAAGUGUUGGAUGGAUAUGGAGUGUGGAGAUUCCCGAUCAAAGAUACAUCUCAAACAUAGAGAUUCAGUGGGAUGAAAUAGUACAAAUCACAACAAAGCUAUAUGGAAGGAAACAAAAUCUGAAGGUUGGAUUACUAAACUUCAAUAGCACUGAGAUCAAAAAUUGGCAAAAUCUUUUGCCAACUGCGAAAUUUUCGAAGGUUCAACUUGACAAUGCUGGUAAAGAUCUUACUUGGGAUGACCUCUAUCCUGAAUGGAUUGAUGAGGAAGAAGAAUCUGACGAACCCUCUUGCCAAAAUCUUCCAAAUCCUAAGGUCCCAAGAAGAUCACAAUUUGGCCUGGUGGCUGUCAAACUUCCCUGCAAUAGGACUGGCAACUGGACAAGGGAUAUAGCUCGAUUACAUUUGCAGAAUGCAGCAGCCAAACUUUCAGUGGAUUCGAAAGAAGGCCAUGACCCAGCACUUGUUCUUCUUGUUACAGACUGUCUUCCAAUACCAAAUCUCUUUUCAUGCAAGCAUCUUGUUGCAAGAAAGGGGAACAUUUGGUUAUACAAGCCUGACUUGCAGGUUUUAAUGCAGAAACUCAAGUUUCCAAUAGGGUCAUGUGAAUUAUCACUACCAUUUGAGCAUAAAGUGAGGCCAUCAUCAACUAAUGCAGGCAGAGAAGCAUAUGCGACAAUUCUCCACUCUGAGGAUGAAUAUGUCUGCGGAGCAAUUGUUGCGGCUCGAAGUAUACGUUUAACUGGUUCAACCAGAGACCUCGUAAUCCUUGUCGAUGAAACAAUCAGUAGCCGUUACAAGAAUGGCCUUGAGGCUGCAGGGUGGAAGAUCAAAAAGAUCAAAAGGAUAAGAAAUCCUAAAGCAGCGAAGGAUGCUUACAAUGAGUGGAAUUACAGCAAGUUCCGCCUAUGGCAGCUAACAGAAUAUGAUAAAAUCAUUUUCAUUGAUGCCGACCUUCUUGUUCUAAGAAACAUUGAUUUCCUCUUCACUAUGCCGGAGAUCAGCGCAACGGGCAACAAUGGAACUCUCUUCAACUCUGGCGUGAUGGUCGUCGAACCUUCGAACUGCACUUUCAAGUUGUUAAUGGACCACAUCAAUGACAUAAAAUCAUACAAUGGCGGCGACCAGGGAUACUUGAAUGAGAUAUUUACAUGGUGGCACAGAAUUCCAAGGCACAUGAACUUCUUGAAACAUUUCUGGAUUGGUGAUGAAGAAGAGAAGAAGGCCAAGAAGACCAGUUUGUUUGGUGCCGAUCCUCCAGUUCUCUAUGUGCUUCACUACUUAGGACUCAAGCCAUGGCUAUGUUUUCGGGACUAUGAUUGCAACUGGAAUGUGGACUUCAUGCAGGAGUUUGCUAGUGAUGUUGCUCAUCAGAAGUGGUGGAGAGUGCAUGAUUCCAUGCCGAAGAAGUUGCAGAAAUUCUGCCUUCUAAGUACGCAAAGGAAGGCGAUUUUGGAGUGGGACAAGAGGCAAGCAGAGAAAGCUAAUUACUCAGAUGGUCAUUGGAAGAGGAUUGUGACUGAUGCGAGGCUAAGAAUUUGUAAAGAUGAUUACUGCGACUGGAAGAGCAUGCUAUUGCACUGGGGAGAUCCAAUGUAUGAUGAUGGUGGCCCAGAAUUCCCAAAGCCGGCCAAAAAAUUGGAUGGUCUUUCAUCUCUUCAACUUCCUUGAUCCUCCUACUCCCAGAGUUCAGCCUUCAUGCCAUUCAU